CGCGCAGCCGCAGCAGCAAGUGCGGCAGAGCGCCAGAGCCAGGCGAAGGCGCGCGGCGGGCAGGGCAUGGACUGGCACGCGUGGCUGUCGGGCGCGCGGCUGGAGCCGGCGCUGGUGUACGAGUACGCGCUGGUGUUCGCGCGCAACGAGCUGGAGGUCGGCGACGUGGCCUUCCUCGACCACGAGCUCCUCCAGAGCAUGGGCAUCUCCGUCGCCAAGCACCGCCUCGAGAUCCUCAAGCUCGCCUGGCGCGACCGCCGCGCCCGCCGCAGGUCGCUGGCCCGCCGCCUCCUCGGCCGCGUCGCCAGGUGCGUGCGCUCGCUCGCGCGCCGAGGGGAGGGCGGCUCCACGGCGCUCGUGCUGGUGCCGAGCCAGCAGCAGCCCGACGACGGCCGCAGCCCGGGCGCGGGCGUCGCGGCCGCCAGGCAGCAGCGCCGCGGCAAGGCGCUGAGGCGGGCAGCGUCCGAGCCCAAGGGGUACGCGCCCAAGGCCGCCAUCGGCGGCAGGGCCGCUGCCGCCGUGCACGCCGUCGGGGACGUGGAGAACGGCGACGAGAUGGUCAGGUGGGACCGCCUGUUCAAGGACCUCAAGCCCAACUGACGCCGCCAUGGAAGACCUCAUGAUGAUCGCGAGCUGCAGGGACGAUCAGUGUCUAGUGUGCUCGUUAAUGGUUGUGCUUGUGUUUGAUGAGUGAGUGGCGUUUGGUGUGCUCUACACCGUGUCCAGUCCCACCCAUCUUGUUGCAUGCACAGUCUGCAUAGUCUAUGAUCGGAACUGGGCGUCGGACAUCUGGUUAGGCUGUUCUGUUGUUGUUACGCUGUAUAAUAAACAUGGUGAUCUCUGCUUGUUUGCACGAACAA